UCAUAACAAAGCAAUGUUUUUCUGUGUUUUUGUUUUUAAAUAGCGUUUUUGGCCGUAACAUCGGACGCCAAAAUGGACAAAUCCCGGUCCAGCGUGUACGACAAGUUCGUGGGCUUCGUGGAGCAGCUGCGCAAUACGGAAUGCAGUCAAAAGCAGAAGAUCACCUGCUUCCAGCAGAUUGCCGAGUGCAUAAUGUCGCCCUCGCUGGCGGGACACAUCAAUUAUGCGGCUCACUGCGGCACCGCCACGAACGUCCUGCUGCUCUUCUGCGAGGAUGUGGACUCUGUGGUGCGGAUGAGUGCCGAGGAGAACCUCAAUAAGAUCUUGAGGGCACUGGAAAAAACCCGAGUCAGUAGAAUACUCAUGGAUCUCUAUGGCGAGAUUAAAAGGAAUGGUAAUCAGAGAUCCCUGAGAAUCUGUCUGAACCUUUUCUCCUACUAUGCCCCUCAAAUCAAGGAGAAGCACAUCAAGUGGUAUGCCGUGCGGUUGCUGCAAUGCAUGACCACCAUUUCGCAGCGCAAGGAGACUUUGCUGCAGGAAACCCUCUGCGAUUUCGUCAAGCACUUUGGCCGCUAUCUGCAACAGGGCCUCAGCGAUAGCGAAUCCUGCAAGCUCUUCGAGACUUUUCUGGACAACAUUAGCUCCGAUUGCGCUGUAAAGCGACGCUGCUCGGCACAAAAUUGCAUCAGUCUGAUUGAGCAUGCACGCAAUAGGAGUCUUAUGGCCAGACAUGGAGUCAACAAAGUGAUGGAACUCCUGCUGACGGAUCAGCAAACGAGCAGCGUGCUAGGAGCCUUGGGUCUGUUGCGUCUCCUGUUGCCGCAACUCAUACGGGGCCACUCGGCCGAUAGCCACGAGGAUUCGGAGUCCUUGGCCGGCAGGAAGCAGCAACAGCAGCAGACAACGACCUCCGACUGCCGGCAAAUUAUUGAGAUUUAUGAUUAUUGUUUGCACCUGCUGAGCACGCAGCACACCGCGAAUCACGCCAUCAUAAAUGCCACCCUGGAGGUCAUCAACGGGAUACUCCAGUCGCUGGAUGCCCCAUCUUUAUUGGAUGGCCAAUGCGGCCAGAGUCUGGGCCAAAGUUUGCGCCAACUGUUGUGCAAUCAACAACUGCAGCACAAUGAGUAUUUGCGGCGAAGGAAAUCAUUAAAGAAUCAAAUAUUCCAAUUGAAAAAUUACGAAGUGGCGACAAGUCAACAGCAGCAGCAACUGGAGGAUGAGGAUGAGCUGUUGGCUGGGGCCACUGCCGAGCAAAUGAAAAAGAAUUCAAAUGCAAAACUGCAGCAGGCGAAGUGUCAACAGCAAGUCGAGGUUGACAACAGCUCGCUGGGAAUUAAUGCCGGGGAAGAUGCCAGGACCGAGGCUCCAAGUUCCGUCGCUGAUGAAGGCGGCGAGAAGCAGCGCUGCCACAUUAGGAAUGCCGCACGCAGCAUCAGCGAAUGCGUUGCCUCGGAUGAGGACAAGGGACAGGGGCAGGGGCAGGGGCAAGGACACCAGCAGCAGCAGCAGGCGGAUGAUGAUGAUGACGACGACGACAUGGAGCUGCUGAGUGCCGAGUGUGAUGACUUUACAACCCUGUCGCAACUAAAUGAACAACAACAGGCGCUGUCAGCGGCAUUGCAAUUGCCCGCAACAACUGCAACAACAGCAUCGCAGGACGAUAAACUGAUUGAUGUUGAUGCCGUUGUCGGGGGGCUGCCUAAACCGCAGCAUCAGUCAUCUCUGCAGAAUCUGCUCGCCGGCAGCGAUGACAAAUCCCAGCAUUUGAGUGACAUCGACAAUGAAUCUUUCAACAGCAUCGAUUUCGAAGCCGAAAUCACAAUUGCCGGCAGCAAAGAGCUGCAUCAGCAGCAGCAGCAACAACAUCCUCCUCCGGCGGAUGAUUCGGUGGAAUCCGGCGACGCAACAGCAAUUGGCACAUUCUUCAACAAUCUCCUUUCGCAUUCCAAUGCAGCUUCGGAGUCGGUCAGUAAGCUCUUUCGUCAAUCAAGCGGCUCUAAGUCCACGCCCUCCAAGUCGGCUCCCGGCGCCUCCUCCUCCGCCGCCGACAAAUCCGAUGCCAUCUCGACGGCCUCGCUCACGCUUUCGCUGAGUUCCUUGGCCAGCAGUAGCAUAUUGGAGCCACCGGAGCGACAGCCAUCGAUUGCGGAGACGCCCACAUCGCUGGAGGAGGAAUCCUGCUCGAUGACCGCCUCCCACACCGCCUCCACGGCCCUCAUGAUGGAUGUGGUGGCUCCAGAGGCUUCAGAAGCUGCUGCUCCUAAGCCUCAAGCCGAAACACCGCAGCUGCGAAGAAGCACGCCCAACGCUAAUCCCUUUCUGGUGGAGAACUCGCCGCUCAGGCAGACAGUUGCUGGUCGUGCCCUGAUCACCGUGAAAAUUGGUGGCAUUCUGGAGCAGUCGUUGGUCUACUACACCGCUCGUUUGGUGGCCGCCCGCUUUUUGCUCAGUGGACAGGCGGCGGGAUUACAGCCCGAUAGCGUUAGCAGGGUGUCUAUUAAGAGUCUAUCCCUCUCGGUGAUUGCCCAGUGUGUGCGAUUGGCUCCCAGGGUGCUCCAAAUCAGCCUGGAGAUCAGCGAUCGGGAACUGCAGCAGCUGCUGGAGGAGCAGGAGCAGGACAACUCCACCGACAGCACUCAGGUGUCUAGUCCCCAGAGCAGUGAUAACUCACAAUUGGGCGGAAGCGGAGAGAAGGCUUCGCUGGACAGCAGCCUGAUUCGAACGGAGGAUCUGGAGGAAAACCUCCUUCUGCUGGACAUCAAGGACGACCACUUUGGGCCCAGCACCUGCCCAGAUUACCUGCUAAGUCGCAGUGCAGAUGCCUCGGUUCUUCUGCUCGGUGGAACCUCAUCAUCUCAGUCAAUCAAAAAAUCAACAAACGAGGAGAAACUCUCCAAGUCCGAGAUCAUUGGCAGCUCUUUUCGACCCACUGUGGCGGCGGAGGAUGUGCCUCCGUUGAGCCUGCCGCCGCGACCACCCAAGCGUACUAAAUCCACGCGAAGUAGGGCAGGAUUAACUUCUACUACAAGGACGUCGCCUCCAAGUCAAGGCUGCCAGGCUCUAGCGGAUGUAUUGCUCUUCCACGAUCACUGCGAUCCCAUUUUGCGCGGUGGUGUCCAGCAGGUGGUAGGCUUCUUUCUGCAAUCCAGUGGAGCUGGUCUACUUCUGGAACUGCAACGUAAUCUUGGCCUGCAACACAUGCUGGCCAUUUUGCUGAAGGGCUUUGAGGACGAGAUCCACACAGUGGUUAUACAAGCGUUGAAUGCAUUCGAUAAGAUAUUUCCGCAUGUGGUGUCCAAAUAUUUGACAGAGCCGCCAUGUCAUUAUCAUGCUCAUCAGCAGCAGCAGCAGCAGAAGGAGCAGCAGGAAAAGGAGCAGCAGGACCUGCAACGACGUUCAAGUGGACAACAAAAGCGUCCCGGCCAGGCGCAAACAUUUGGCCAACAAACUUUUGCAAAGGACCAGGAUAAUGCCUUAAGCAGUCGAAGGGAGCAGCAGCAGCAGCAGCAACAAAGGCGUCCUAACGAUGCCGGGACAUGUGCCAAGUCCUCGGCCACUGAUAAUGAUGAGCUACUGGCUGUUCUUUUGAAUGAUUUCCAAUUGCAAUCGACUGGGAUGCAGCAGGAGCAGAAGCAGGCGUAUCUGGGUAAUGAGCCCGAUCUCGGACCCUUCUGUGUGUUUGCCAUCUCACCCAAAUUGCUCUUGAGCAAACUCCGGCUCUGCCAUCACAAUAAAUAUUGGCUGGUCCAGAAUAAAUACGCCGAAGUUAUUUCGAAUUUAAAUUACGUGCUGCUGCGGUCGUACUACGCAAAUUUUCGUUGUGGCGGCGGCGCCAAGGAGCAGGACUGCUCCGAUUCUGGAAGGGAUGAGGCGGAUGCGGAGGGCGAGGACAUUGUCUGCACUUAUGAGGCGCAGUUUCUGGCUGAACUUUUACAUCUGCUCGGCGACGAUGAUGCGCGGGUGCGGGAACACGCCGCCUGCUGUCUUUGCCGCUUUAUAAUGCAAACGGCGCGCCAGGAUCCAUCGGUUGCGAGGGAUGAGGAUGCUGAAGCUGGAGGCGAAAUCGAAGGCAACGUCAACGUGGAAACUCAACAAACUAAUUUCAAUUUGCUGUGGGAUUUUUUCGACUAUCGCAUAUUUGGCAGCAUGUCCGUGACGUUGCGUAAUUUAUUCCGGGCCAGUUCGACGAUUGUGCCGCCUCUGGCUGAGUUGGAUGCAAUGGGUAUGGCCUAUUCCUCCGCCUCCGCCUAUCCGGAAUCGGGCAGCACGUCCAGCUCCUCCUCAGCAUCGGCAUCCUCGGCAUCUGCCUCAUCCGGAUCCAUAGCGGCAGUCUCCGCGGCGUCGGCCUACUUCGAAGCAAGUUACGGCAUCGGCAUCGCCGAGGGGCAUGUUUUUGCCCUGGCAUCAACGGCAGCAUCGCAACGUCAAAUCGCGCAGGAGGAAAAAGUUUUGGCCAAAGUUUUGUAUCGCUUGACAAAUAAAUUGAUGACGCUGAAUGAUAAAAAUGUGCAGUUUGGCAUAAUUUACGCGCUGCGCCUCCUGCUGAGGCACUUCAAUUUCGUGGACUAUCAACAGGCCUGGCUGGAAUUCAAUUUCGUUGAAAUUUGCAUUAGCUAUGCCUACUACAACAAUGCAACAGCUGCGGACCUCGGCUGCCAGAGCGAUUUGAUUGAUGUGAUGGGCAAAUUAAUGGCAGGUGCGAUGGUGAGCUCAGGUGAGCCGAAUGCCCAACACCUGGACUUUCUGCUGCGUCACAGCGUCAAGAUGCUGAACAUCUACUAUCACCUGGUCACCAAUCACCGCCACCCACCGUCUAGUGGCUCUAAUUCUGGAAGCACCAGGAGCAGCAGUAGUAGUAGCAGUACCAAACCUCCCAAGAGCGAUCUCCAGCCAGGGGCUUCCCUUCAGGCUGUGGGUUACUUUGCCGGCGAUUACGUUUACAUGAAACUUUACAACAUUUUAAGAGGUGCUAAUGACAGCUACAAGAUAACCAUAAAUCACGAGGCCGGCAGCUUAUUAAUUUGUCUCCUAAAAACCUGCCUCAACGCAUUGAGUUUGUGCCUGGAGGGCAUGGCGAGUGGUAGUUCGCCCCCGGAGCUGAAAUUAAUCGAAGAAAUACUCCACUAUUUGACCAAGCUCAUAAAUUAUGCGCCCGCCGAGUGCGUUGCAUGUCUGCGGCAACUGUUGAAAUAUUUAUUCGCCCAAAAUUAUGCCAGCCAAGUGCGGCCACUGCAGCUAUCGGCUGGAACUGGAGGUGCAGGAGGAGGUGGUGGCCACCAUGCCGCCUUCAUACGUCCCUACUUUAGGGCCAAGGGCAGGGGUCACGGCGCCAGCACCGGCUCCACAUUGUUGCCAACAAUAAAUUCAAAACCCGAGGAGGGACCCCAGCGAGGUGGCGGAGAGGCACGGCCACCAAUUGAUACUGCCCCACUCCAGGCGAUGGGCAUGCUCUUUGUGCAGGGCCUGCAGCCGGCCACUCCGCCGGCGGGCGACUGUGCCCGGCUUAUAAAGCUAUUCGAGCCGCUGGUCAUAUACUGUCUGACGCUCUUCAUGAAAUCCAAUGCGCUGAUUCAGGCGCCCAUAUUGCGGUUGCUCUCCCAACUGCUGGAGCUGAAUGUAACCUAUAGCAUACUCGAUUCCAAGAAUGUAAUAUUCGAGCAGAUACUGAGCAACAUGGAUUUGAUAGAAAGCGGAAUAGAUAGAAAUGCUUUUAUUAUUGUUCCGCCCAUGCUGAGAUUCCUGGUGCAGCUGACGCACAAGAGCGACCGCCAACUGAUCACGAUACCCAAGAUCAUCAGCAUCACCAACAAUCUGCUGGCCAACGGAUCGGUGCGCGAGGUGGCUUUGCUGGCGCUCAAAACCCUCAGCUACGAGCUCUUCUUCAUGCACAGCCAGCUGGAGGAGGCGCUGGACAACACCACCACCACCACCACCACAGAGACCCAUAACUCAGGACGAACGGCGGUGCAGAGUCCUUUGAGUGCGGCCCCCACACCGGAAACCAGAGAGGCCUUGCUGGCGCAGCGACGCGAACUGGACACUCAACGGGAAGUGGUGCUGGGCAUGCUGGAGAAAUUCAUCGAGUCACGAGCGAGUCAACAGGUCCUGGCCCUUCUCCUCCUCUUCGAGCGGAGUGUUCAGCAACUGGACACGCCGGCAUAUCGCAGUGCCUCGCAGGAUGCGGAUGCCGUCUAUGGGACGCUGUGUCGUGGCCUCUGCUCGCACCACUGGCGACUCCACUCCGCCGGAGAUCUGCGGCUGCUGGAGAGCUGCUUCCGCAACAACGGCAACCAUGUGCUGGCCGACAGCAAGGGAUUCCUGCAGCUGCUGCAGCUCUUCAUCGAGCAGGGCGUCGGCAACUUUGGUGAUUUAGCUCUGGCCAUGGUUAUGCUGGCCAACGUAAUCCUCAAGACCGAGGAAAUUUAUCUGGUGAAUCACAUAAAACUUUAUUUGAAAAAUAAUCCAACGGCCGAGCGACGUCUGCAGGCCAUGAUGCCCAGCUCAGCCACAUCGGCAGCUCUUCCUCACUGGCAGGACGAGGCGCCUUCGACGUCUUCGGCGGCUGCAGCUGCCAGAGCGGCCGCAUCCUCCUCCGCCGGUCGAUCGGCCAUCAGCGAAAUAAACUACUUCGCCAAAGUUCUCAGCGAGAAGCUGCUCGCCUGCUUGGACGUCCUGCUGGGCCUGGAUCCCAGCUCCUCCGCCGCCUCCUCCUCCGCGGGCCACGCCUACUGCCAGCUGGCCGGGCGCUUCGUGGACGCCCUGCUUAACGUCUGCUGCCGCUCGCGUCACAAGGAUGCACUUCAAUCGGUUUUCCGUUUGGUUUUGGCCGAGUCUGAAUUUUUGUGCAAAUACUAUAGCCUGCUGUUGAUGAGUGCCGCCGGCCAAGGAGGAUCCGGCUCACUGGAUGCCGUGCUGCUCGCCUGCCUGAGGCUGGUGCUGGCCAUGCGGCUGGAGGAGCCGGUGGCCCUCAUGGAGCAGGCCUCCCAGCUGCCGCUGAAACGAAAUUUGCAGCGCGCUUUGCUACGCGAAGUUUGUCGUGCAAAUGUGGGCUGCGAUUGGAGUGCGCAACAAGUGCGCCGUUUGUUCGACGGCGGAUAUCUGAAUUUCCUAAUUGCUGACCACUUGGAAUUCCUUAGCGAGCUAUGCCAAGAGCGUCCCGAGUGCGGCUCAUUACUGCAGGUGGCCCUGUUCCGGAAUGCCCAUCGAUUGAGCAGGCAAUCCAUUCGCAUCGUCCUUCGGCUAUUGGGACGUCUUUGUGGGUCUCCCGCUGAACGGGAGGCCUCUGGAGAUGCUGGCAGCGAUGCGGAUACGGAUGCCACCCUGCAGGCCCUGCAGCUCCUGAGUCGCCUGCACCAGCUGCACGAAGGGGAGCGCUCGCUGCAGCUGCCCAUGGAGCGUUUGGCCCGCCGCCUGAGCGCCCAGAGCGGUCCGUCGGCCAGGAAAUCCAUCUACGAGCGGCUGGUCGAGGGAGAUCUGGCCGGCGGAGAGGACCAGGACGCCCUGCGAACCCUGCUACUGAAGGACCUGGAGUGCCGCCAGGACAAUGAGACUGCAACGCCGUCGCGCAUAAUUGAUGAGAGCUGGCUCUUUGCGCAGCUAAUCAAAUUCGCCACCCAGCAUGCGGAUGCUCCGCAGCAGCAGAAGCAACUAAUGCUGCUGCUCCUAGAGAUCCAGUCAGAGCCCAAGCUGCAUCGCCUGCUCCGUAGUCUGGGCGCCGAGCAGGAGGCGAGGUUGCUGCGUCAUGCCAUCUCUGGUUCACUGGCCGCCAUGAUGUCCGCCUUCCGGCAGAAGUGCAUCCAGCAUGCACCGCACAUCAACUACAUGCAACCCCCGCCGCUGGCUCGUGUGGCCUCCUCCCUGCUUUUGGCAAAGGUGGUGGCCACUACGGACUCCAUACAGUCACCACCCAACGGGGAGCAACUGGAUGUGGCCCGUGCGGUAACCACACUGAUGGCCUGCAUUCGGAAUGUCGAGCAAACAGCACUCAUCUACAUCGAUGCCCGGCUGAUGGAGAAGUUCGUGGUCGAGCACCUGCUGCGCCCCGAGCAUUUGCCGCAGCUGCUGACCUACCUGCACUGGCUAGCCGGUUGGGGCAAACGGAUUUUGGCCAAGCCAACACGACAGGAGUCGGAAGAAGACGCUCUGGGCGUGCUGCUGGCCACCUUGGAUGCACUUCUGCAGCAGCCUCGUGUUUGGCGGGAGCUUAACUCUAGUUCGGACCCGAAACUUCGAUGCGAAUUGCUCGAUCUGCUGGACUCGGUGGUUCGGUGCAUGCUGCAGCACACCAAUUUCUAUCGUCGCCAUCGAACGAGCGACAGCAAGAAGGCCAAGGGACCGGCACCGCAGGCCAUUUUCCUGGCCAAAUUGAUUGAAACGCAAAUUGAAAUCGAGUCUCUGGACAGCGGCCGGGUCUUCUUGGCAGGAACCUCCGUCGGCGAGGAUGCUCGACUGCAGUUUGCCGGACAGGAUCUGGCCGGGUUCCAAGUGGCAUUGUCGCUGGUGGCCUCCAUCGGCAUCUCGCUGCUGCGAACGCAUCAGUUUUAUGCCUACGCGGUCACUCCGCACGAGCUCAUCAGGCAGCCAGAGGAGCAGCAGGAGCAACAGGCCGAUGGCAAGCUGCCCUCCAUUCCGGUGGACAGUCUGAGCGAUGUGGAUAUCCUGCGUCAAUUUGUCAAGAGACUAUCCAUCUUCGGAUUCACCACCCGGCAGCAGUUCGAGGAGUACUUCAUGACCUGCCUGCUGCUGAUCAAUAAGCUGUACGACGAGCACAUGGUCGAUCAGCAGGAGCAGUUCCAGAUCAAGCAGGUCUGCCUGCAGGCCAUCCUCGAACUUUUAAUGACGUACAAAACUUUCCCCAUUGUGGGCCAAACCGACGGCCAGUUCCAUCACACGACACGCUGGCAGCGCAUCACUUGUGACAGCAUUAGCCUAAAGAAACUGCACAAGGUGCAACUGCUGGUGGAUGCGUGCAAUGUCUUCUAUCAGCCCAAUCUGGAGCGGCAGCUGGCGGCCCAGGACAAUGUGAUUGGCACACGCACCUUUGCGGCCAAUCAGUACGAUCUCAAUUUCAGUUGGGCGCAAAUGGAGGCCCAGGCAUCAGGGGGUGUCGACCCACAAAACACGGCGGACAUUAAGCAGUCGGGGGAUGCGGAUGUGCCCGACAUGGCAAUGCGCAACUAUCGCCAUUUUACGCAGCUGUCGGGAAUUGACUUUCGCAGCAGCACGCAGCUGGUCUUUGACGUACUGCAGCAGAUGAUCGAGCUGAAUCACAUCCUGGUGCUCCCCAAUUUGGUAAAGUUUUGCGAGAUCUGCGAGAGCCGCGACCACAUCAAAUGGAUUAAGGAGCGCUGCCUCAAACUGCAGGAGCAAGUGCCCAUGGACGACACUAUUUCGCAUCAACAUAUAAUCUACUUACUGUGCCGCAGCCAAGCCCUCCUGAUCCCCAGCCUGGGCGAGCUGCAGGUCCUGUGCUCCUUGAUUGGCAACGUCUACUUGAAGAGCACGCACAGCUUCAUACGCAUCGCCACGCUGCAGGGGCUGCUCUGCCUGCUGGAGUGCUGCAGCAAGACCAACACGACAAUGGGGCGGCUCAGCGAGGAGCUGGCAUUGUUGCGAGCCCUAAUUGUGGGCUACAUCAAUCGUCAUGGCAUCAUUGAUGAGAGCGCGCUGCCGUUCAGCGUGGAGCACACGAAGCUGGUCUGGACGCUCAAUUACAGCCUGAUCGAGUGGACAUCGAAAUUUGUGCCGCAAUGUCAUCUCUUGUCAAAUACAAUCAUAGCGGCCAACAAUUUCCUGAAGACGACCGCCAACGAGGAGCUGUAUCUGUGCGUUUUGCAUGGCCUCGAGCGCAUGGUGGUCAAUAGCGGAGUGCUGUCUCCUGGUAGUCAGCCUACUGGAAAGGAGGAACCAUCGGCAUCGGCAUCCGAGGCGGUAGUUGGAGCUGCCGGAGUCGUGGUCACACCGCAGAUGCGACAUAAAAUUGAAAAACUUGCACUCGAAUUGCUUAAAAUGGAGAAUGAGAAAUUUUCGAUUCCGGCAUUGAAAUUGCUUUUGUCCUGCAUGUAUGUGGGUUCGGCUGCCCAGCUGGAGAAUACGGAGCUGUCGAAUGGAAUUGUCCAGGAUGACCCGGAGAUAAUCGCCCAGCAAAACGAUAAAGUCGAUAUACUUUUGCAUUGUAUUAAAUCAUCGACUCGAGAUGCCGCCUGGAUUUAUGGACAAGUGCUGUGCCAAAUUAUUCGUGAUUUAGUGCCACCGAAUGAAAUAUUGACGAAGGUCAUAAAGGAGUUUCUGGCCAUAAAUCAACCGCACGGCGAUGUUAUUGCCAUGAUUGUGUAUCAGGUCUUUCGGUCCGCCAUCGACUCGUCGUACCUGCAGAUGCUGCAGGACUGGCUGAUCUGCACCCUGCCAACGUUCUUGGCCCAGCCGGAGCAGCAGGGCGUCUGGGGUCUCAGCGUCAUCUUUUUAUCCGCCUCCAUAAAUCUGCAUUUGAUUAAACUAUUUCCGCUGGUGCUCGGCAUCGGAGCUGGGAACUCGGUGGCAGCGGCACCGGCGAUGGCCCGAAAAUUGGGUCAACACGAAAUUGCAUUGUUCGUGACAGCUGCACAAGAUUUCCAUGCGAAAUUGAGUGGCGAGCAGCGGCAGCGUUUCCGCGAGGCCUUCAGCAGCUACGAGCGGAAUCAAGUCUACGGCCGGAUGUUGCAGCGCCUGUGAGAUGUGAAACGAUACGAUAUGGAUAUGGAUACGAUACUAUAACUCUCCAAACUAUUUAUCUUGCGUUUAAUCCCAAUUGCAGCUAAGAAAAAAUAAGGAAAAUUUGGCAGCGGCUAAACUUGCGGCAAAAGACAAGCGCAAGCGUGAAUAACUAAUUGCCCCGAGCUGCGGAGAAAGUUUAAACGGAUGUCCCUCUUCUAUGCGUUUGUACUUCGUCUUCAUCUUCAACUUGCCUUGGAGCCCAGCGAAUGAAAAGUUUUUUAAUAGUUGGCGAAUACAAAAUUAAUUUAUGCUUUACAUUAUGUGUAACUAAUAUUUAAAUUAUUGCAAACGAAGGUUCGCCCCCCGCCCCGCACUUCCUAAUCUGGUAGAAAGUUUAACGAGGAGAGCAAGGACCAACGAGCGACCCGCAAUUAAUUCCUGCGGCUUUCGACAAGGACCCUCGCAGGACACGGAAAUUAUGUUCUUGUCAGUUUUCGGGCAAAGUUUAUCAUUUAUUUAUUAUGACGCUGGUAAAACUAGAACCUGGCCAAAAAAGGACGCUAGUGGGCAUUAGUAUGCGCCUUAACCAAUUGCUGGCUAAUUCCUAAUCAAAAUUACUUAAAAAUUCCAUUAUGCAAACAACACUUUCUGUGUGUACCCCAAUUGUAAUCAAAAUAAUAACCAUAUUGUUUAAUGA